AAUUAAUUACCCUACCUAAACUCAUUACAAUAUAAUAUUGUCGUUGGCAUCACUCAACCCUCAUAAGGAGGUAGCAGAAUCUUGUCUUGGUCGUCGCAUGGAGGUACGCGAGCGACAUAACUUAUCACGCACGUCAGACCCCGACGACGUCUCGUCAAUGGAUCCCAACGCCUUACCAUCGAAUGCCCCCGUGUACAAGACACGGACCAGCCGCUCUAGCUCGGGAUCUGUAGACGGUCCUCCAGUGUACCACGAUCCUAACUCCAGAGCUUGGGAAGGAGAAAUUGAGAGUGAGGAAAUCUGCGACGGUUCAUAUGGUUCUCGGGAACAACUCACAAAGAAGAACCUGAUGAAUGAGGAGACGUGGAUGUUCCCUGUUCGGCCAGUGUUCCCGAGCGACGAGGACUCAGACGAAGAAGAAGACGAAGAGAUGGCGAUGAUGACGACGUGUUGCUGCUGCUUCUCCACCAAGAACGGGUCCAUAGCUGUGGGCAUCAUCUGUCUGAUCGUUUCGUUCCUGAUAUGCGUGUCUCUGAGCUUCACCCUGAUCAACCUGCCCAGCUUCACAGCCGCUCUGAAGCAGUACUACGACGCAACGCACUCCACUACCACUAACGCCACCAGCAUUCUCGGCAUCGUCGACAAUAUCAUCGGCUUCAACAACUUUGUCAACCACCUGCAGACCGUCGUGAUCGUUCUUCUGGUGUUCUACGCGCUCUACACCUUCUCGUCUCUCUUCCUCACCUACGGAGCCUGCACUAACCUGCGCUCGCUGCUGCUGCCGUGGGUGGUGCUGGAGUUCGGACCGUUCGCGGCACAGCUCGGGGGCAUCAUCUUCCUCUUCGUGUACGGCAAGGACGACGCCGUGCUAUCCAAGGGCGGCACCUACAUCAUAGCCGGCCUCCUGCAGAUCAUUGCCUUCGUGAUCCACGUUUACUGGUGGAUGUGCCCUGUGGCUCACUACCAGUCACUGAAGGAGGGCACUGAGGUGGAGUCUUUGGUACCACAGCAACCACAGUAUCCUGGUCGCCUCAACAAGUACUAGUCUUCUGACACCUCUACUACCACUACAGUCGCAGUAGGCCUAUCAUGGCCGCCUCAACAAGUACUAGUCUUCUGACACCUCUAGUACCACUACAGCCACAUUACUAGUACUUGACCAUGGCCACCUCAACAAGUACUAGUCUUCUGACACCUCUAGUACCACUACAGCCACAUUACUAGUACUUGACCAUGGCCACCUCAACAAGUACUAGUCUUCUGACACCUCUGGUACCACUACAGCCGCAGUGUCCUGGCCGCCCCGACUAUUACUGUUCCGAUAUAAUAUAGAAUCCAGUUCACUGCUGUUACAAAUUUUGCCUAUUGACCGAUCUAAUAAAAUACGCGACCUCUCAACAGCGCAGAAGUCGUCAUCAGUCAGUUUGUUCUCUCGCUACCGCAUCAUUUAUAACAGGAUUGCAACUCAAUUGAACUUUCGUGAGAUUGUACCACUGAAAGAACGGUUAUACAGUUUCAUUGUCCAGCGCAUGAACAUUAAAUCUCUGCAUGUGCCUUUAAUAAGUGUUAUUAAUUAUGAUGUUGCAGUAUGUUGCCGACACUAUUACUGCGUGUAAGCACAAUGACUGUCAUCUUUCUUCUCUCUCAGGUCAUUAUUAUUAUUAUGCAUCUGUUGAACAAAAUAUGGAUAGAAUAAUGUCAGCUUUCGAAAAAAAUCAUUGAUUGGACAACGCGGUGAUAAAUUUUAUUCACAAACAUUAAUUUUUUCAAUUAACUUAUAAAAUAUAUUCAACGAAAUCAAGUUGUACUAAAGGUUACAGUUCAUUCAAUUGCAUUCGUUGAAACAAAUUUUUAACAUCAUUGAAUUUUCUUCAUAUUUUAUAUCCUCUUCUAACGUAAGACGACGAAGGUAAGUAUGAUCAAGCCGUUGCUUUCUUGUUAUCCCGUACAAAAUUUUUAAAUGGUUAAACAAACCCCUCCGUCUUGUCUUAGUAUCACAAAUAAUAUAUCUGCUACUAUUAAUAAUUAAUGAUAAGAUUGCUUUCCACUUGUAUAUCAGCCACUGAAAUCAUAGAUUGAUGUGUUUAAACCUAAAUGUCGCGUAGACCAUUUACCAUCAUCUGCAGAGAUAGACAAGCUUUUUUUGCACCCAACUCACAUUUCUUCAACAGUUGAAUAGAUGUAAACAGCGAUUAUUACUUAUAAUUCCAUAUGAUAAUUUGUUUAUAAGGGCCAUUGUCUCUUUGCGUGCGCGUGAGCCUCAAAUAUCGUAAUGGUAAUUAUGUUCUCGCAAAACGAGAUCAACAAUUAAUAAGCGUUUUGAACGGGACAAAUUAUUUAGAAAGACAAUAUAUUCGAAGACGUGUUUGUGACAAUAAUUUCUAACGAUAAAAACGAUUAUAGAAAAUCUAUUCUUAAUUACGGCCAUAUUUAUACCCAACGAGGAAUGGAGACGAAACGAUUUUUCCUCGUCUUUUAUUACAUGAAAUAAUAAAUUGUUAGCACGUGAACGUUGUGGGUGUUUUUUUCUCGUUAAUAUUUGUUAGAGCUUCCCCCUGUCUUGGAGAUCUUAAUUAUUAAAAGCUGCUAUUCAAGAAUUGAAUGUUAUUCAGUAAAAUAUUCAGAAUAUUUUUCUUGUCCUCUUGUAUUAAUGUAUAGAAAAUAUAGACUAGACACAAAUUUUG